UAAGCCUUAACCACCCAGUUUCUCUUCAUCCCUCAGAUUUUUCUUCCAUCAGACGGCGGUGAGAGCGAACACGAAAGGCAAAACCAACUUUUUAUUAACCCCCGUCAAACCCAAAAUCACUUUCUUCUUCUAUCCAUCUAUACCAGAGCUAAACUUUUAGCUAAAUUGUCGAACCCUUUCAACCACUCGUUAUCUUUUUCCCUCUGUGAACCGUCUCAACCUUCUUCAAUUUCAGUUAUCGAGUGUUCCCACCGUCUUAAUUGGUCGUUUUUGAGUUAAAACCCUGUUUUUGGGUCUCCGAUCGCCGGAAUUUUUUCUGGGUUUUCUUCCUAAUUGGAUAUCUUGUAAAUGGGUUGAAGAUAAUAUUUGGAUUUUGGAAGAAAGGAAAAUGGAGUGGGACAGCAAUUCGGAUCUGAGCGGAGACGAGGAAGAGGAGGGCUUCUUACUCAACGAUGGUGGGCCUCUUCCUUUUCCUGUUGAGAACUUAUUUCAAACUGCGCCGUGUGGGUUCGUCGUCACCGAUUCUCUUGAACCUGACCAUCCCAUCAUUUAUGUCAACUCCGUCUUCGAAAUGGUUACUGGAUAUCGUGCGGAGGAAGUGCUUGGUCGCAAUUGUCGAUUCUUGCAAUGUAGAGGUCCAUUUGCAAAAAGAAGGCACCCACUGGUUGACUCAUCAGUAGUUUCAGAGAUCAGAAGAUGUCUAGAGGAUGGCACUGAAUUUCAAGGCGAAUUGUUGAACUUUAGAAAAGAUGGAACCCCAUUAAUGAAUAAAUUGAGGUUAACGCCUAUCUAUGGAGAUGAUGAAACAGUUACUCAUGUUAUUGGUAUCCAGUUCUUCACUGAAGCCGAUAUUGAUCUGGGACCUGUGACCAGUUCUAUGACAAAGGAGUUGACAAAAUCAUCUGAUAGGUUUCGUUCUGCCCUUUCAUCUUUUCGCUUUACAUCUGUUGGGGACCGAAAUAUUUGUCGUGGUGUAUGUGGUAUUCUCCAAUUAAGUGAUGAGGUGAUAUCUUUGAAAAUACUUUCACGAUUGACACCCAGGGAUAUUGCAUCAGUGGGAUCUGUCUGUAGGCGGUUUUAUGAGCUGACGAAAAAUGAGGAUCUCUGGAGAAUGGUCUGCCAAAAUGCCUGGGGUAGUGAAACAACACGUGUUCUAGAGACUGUGCCUGGUGCAAAAACUCUUGGCUGGGGCAGAUUAGCUAGAGAAUUGACAACUCUUGAAGCUUCUGCCUGGAGGAAGCUAACCGUUGGGGGAUCUGUUGAACCCUCCCGUUGCAACUUCAGUGCUUGUGCAGUUGGUAAUAGAGUUGUGCUAUUUGGUGGGGAAGGUGUUAAUAUGCAACCGAUGAAUGAUACCUUUGUACUGGAUUUAAAUUCUAGUAAACCAGAGUGGCAGCAUGUUCAAGUUAGUUCUCCACCUCCUGGUAGAUGGGGUCACACUCUUUCUUGUGUAAAUGGUUCUCAUUUAGUGGUCUUUGGAGGUUGUGGUAGACAGGGCUUGCUUAAUGAUGUUUUUUUGUUGGAUUUGGACGCCAAUCCUCCUGCCUGGCGUGAAAUAUCUGGAUUGGCUCCUCCGCUCCCAAGAUCGUGGCAUAGCUCCUGCACUCUUGACGGCACCAAGUUGAUAGUCUCCGGUGGUUGUGCAGAUUCGGGAGUACUUCUUAGCGAUACUUUUCUGCUCGAUCUCUCAAUGGAGAAACCCAUAUGGAGGGAGAUACCUGUAUCUUGGACUCCUCCCUCUCGGUUGGGGCACACAUUAUCUGUAUAUGGUGGCCGGAAGAUUUUGAUGUUUGGGGGUUUAGCUAAAAGUGGACCUCUACGGUUUCGAUCAAGUGAUGUCUUCACAAUGGAUUUAAGUGAGGAGGAGCCAUGUUGGAGAUGUGUAGCUGGAAGCGGAGUGCCAGGUGCUGGAAACCCAGGAGGGGUAGCACCUCCACCUAGACUGGAUCAUGUUGCUGUGAGUCUCCCGGGUGGCAGAAUACUGAUUUUUGGUGGCUCAGUUGCCGGUCUUCACUCUGCAUCACAGCUUUAUCUCCUUGAUCCAACAGAAGAGAAACCAACUUGGAGGAUAUUGAAAGUACCUGGGCGGCCUCCAAGGUUCGCAUGGGGACACAGCACAUGUGUCGUUGGGGGAACCAGGGCAAUAGUCCUUGGUGGUCAAACUGGAGAGGAGUGGAUGCUAAGUGAGCUUCAUGAACUAUCAUUGGCCAGUUCUGUCAUCUGAUUGAAGAGAGUGUAGAAUCAUGAAAGGAAGCUAUUAUGGAAAGAGAAAAAAACGAAAAACAAACACUUGAGAGAGAGCCAUGAAUUGCAAGAUUGUGGGAUCUUUAUGAGAUUGAUGUGUUGGCAGAAAUGUUAUUGCUCUGGUCAGGACUCUGUAUUAGAUGUUUGUUCCAAAAGUGCAUAUUCUUGUAAGGAAUUGUUCUGACUCAGAAUAAAACUUUAAAUUCAGUUUCAACGAGUGGUGCGGAUACCAAUUCUUGUGUUCUCUGUGAGGUUUAGCAAGAAUCUUUUCUUCUGUAUUAUGCACAAUGGAGUAUAUUCUUCUUCCAUAGUAGGUAGACAGAUAGGUUUAAGUUCAAUGAUCUAUAUAAGUAGGGCAUAUUCUUAUUAUAUUAUAAGAAUAUUUUGGUCUAAUUCAGAUUCUAUAGGAUUUGGAACAAAGCAAGAGGGAGUGGGUCCAUGUCUGUCUGUAAUAACUUUUCUGCUCAGGUUGGCCAUCUAUUCAUGACCUCAAGAUGUGAAAUAGAAGCAAGCAACAUUGCCACUGAAGGAAGAAGGAAAAAAGGCAUCAUCCAAAACCCCUUCUCUUUUCUGUAAAAGUAACACUCUGCUUAUCUUAUUUAUAUAUUUUGCUGUCUUUGGUUGGCUGUGUAGCUUAA